AUGGAAGCUAUGGCAGUGGAUGAAAUGGGGAUUGUCACUCUCAAUCUUAAUAUUAAUACCAUUCAAAAGUUUUAUGCAUUCAAGAAAAAAUUUGCUCAAAUGGAUUGGACAGAUGAUAUUUUUAUGCAGAAACUCCUUGAAAAUUACUUGAAUAGCCAUUCAAAUUCUGAAUCUAAAGAGGCAGUUAAGUCUGUUUGUCCUGAAUGCCAAUUCAAUGCUGAAAAUAUGACUUCCCUUUUCGAACACUUUGAUAAAAUUCAUGCACUGGAGGCAACCUUCACUUGCAAUUGUGGCCUAACAUUCAUCCGCUUACCGGCGUAUCUGAGACAUUAUCUUGAUUGUCCACUCGCGUCUAUGGAUUCUUGCUUGAACACUAUUUCAAAGCAAUCUUCUCCAGAUACGCCAACAAAAUUAUCCGAAGAAUUUUUCAGGAAAUCAGAUUCCCCAGCCACUAUGAUUGCUGAAAAUAAUGAGAGUACAAGCCCAGAAGCCAGUUUUCAAGAAUCAAUAAUACAUUACAGCUUCUACAAGCAUCCUCCUGUAAUCCCCAUUAAGGGUCCUUCCGAUGAUCGACCUUUUGGUUGUCCAAAGUGCCCUAAAGGAUUUAAGAGUAAAUCUCUCCUUGAGCAACAUAUGCAUUUACACUACCCUCCUCGCUACAAGUGCCGGUGGUGUUUCAAGGUUUACCGUUGGCCUCCAGUUUAUUAUCAUCAUAUGCGAACAUGUAAGAAAAUGCCCCGAGGUGAAUCCGAAUCAGAUAAUCCUUCAAUGACAAGUACUUCCAUUCCUCCUGUAAAUGAUAGUGCCGUAUUAGAUCUCUCACAACCGGCAAAACCGGCUCAAUUUGUCACCUUAAAGGAAGAUUCUCUUGUCAAAUCUACUCCCCCUUCUACUCCUUCUUUUCCCUUACUGUCUUCACCACCAGUGGAUUUUAUUUGUCCUUGUGGAACUAAGUUUUCCGAUGUACAUUCUUACGUAGAUCAUGCUACUAAGUGCCUUCACAUUGUUCAGCCUCUUUCUUCCGUAAAUAUUGAACGAGCUUUCUUAGAUUCGACCAAUGAAUCUCUUGAAUCCAGUCUUGUUCCAAAUUCCGUCUUGAAACGAUUCACGUGCAAUUACUGUGCAAAAGACUUCACUUCUAAGCUCUCUUUAAAACAGCACAUAGAUGGUAAACACAGAGCUGAGGGGAAGUAUGUCUGUAAGAUUUGUGGAAAGCGCUACCGAUGGGGUGCCUCUUUUUAUUACCAUCGACGAACUUGUUCUCUUGCAAACGGUGUCAGCCUGCCUUCUACCGGUGUACUCUCCCAUCUUCCGCAUAUUUCUCAACCAUCAGCUUAA